CAUCCACCUACCGAACAUUUUGAAGGAGCAAUUGCUCCAAAAUAAUAUCAACACCACGCCACUGAUAACGAUCGUAUACCAAUGGAACAUUUGACACUGCAAACGGUACGAACGUAUUUUGAAAUGCGCAUCUCCGACUGAAGUUAGACGACGGUGGUGGUGGUGCAACUGAAGCGCGUCCGUCCACCGCCGACGCGUUGUACUGCUCGAUCGAUAUGCGAAGUUACUUCGACCGUUCGGACUCGUCAUUCGGUUCCCGGCGAACCGGUUGCAAUAUCACGCGGCUCCUCGCAGGUUUCGCAAGGGACCCGGGACGGUAUUGCGAUUCGGGUCGGUCAACAUUCGCAUGAACGUUCAAUGAUCGGCGGGCGGACAAUAACGGAAUCUUGAUACGAAAACGAACACGUCGAUUUAUACCGCGUUGCAGUGGUAUCGGUACCGAUGCAAAAUCAUGUAAUCCGCUGUGCUAACCCACCUCGACGUUAUCCGGAACGAUUUUCAAUUUUGAGCCGUCGCAAAAGUGUUUGGAAAUAUUUUUAUCUCUACAACAUAUACGUGUGUUAUUUUAUACGCGCGAGCCGUUGGCCCGUUCGCCGCGCCCUCGGCACUGUACCUGUAGCGACCCGAGAGAGAGGGAGAACUUUUUUCGACAGUUCUUUGUUGCCUUUAACGUAUUUGCAGGACUCCGCCCAAGUCCACGUUACGAUUAACUCGACACCAAAGUGUCCGGAAGCAGGCGAUUCCGUCCGCGGGGCCGAAGUAGACGAAAAAACUCUCGCGCACAACCGUUUUUACCGUACAAGUUUAGAAACACGAUUUCUGAUUUCCCGUCUCUAGUCUUUCGCGGGGACAGACAGUUCGAUAUCGGUAACAGCGGCCCCCCCCCCUCACAGGCGUACCAGGGACACGGACGGCAAUCCUGUCCGAGCGUCUGUAAUUAUGGAACGACACAGUGACGCGCUAGCAACUCUUUUGAAACAUUCGUUUCUCGCGUCAGGUCUACAGCGAGUCGUAAAAAUGUAUGUAUAUACUUACGGUCUUGGCUACGGUACGAGAAAAAAUCGCACGAAAAAGUAAAAAAAAACCUUCGGCGGCCGCAAACUUGAAGGCCGCGGUGGAUUUGUUCGUUUUGUAUUUUUCUCUCCGUGCGUUCGAGGGUGUUACCGUUCGAGGCGCGCGCGAAAAUCCGCGGAAUCCGGCUGCACUGCGCGGCGUGGUUGAUUUUUCGAGGUUCGGGUCGUAAAACGACGUCGCCGUCCGCGCACUGAUAACCGUAAUCGUCGCCGACCGUAUUCAAACGUCGGCCGCUCGAACACGGCCGUGAUGUCGACCGUCCUCUGCUGCUUCGAUUGACCCGACCGUCAGACAAGUCCGUCGAACCGUAUCUUCGCAGCGGCAGCAACUCGGCCGCGAUGACGAAACCCAGACGUUCGACGGGACCGGCCGUCAAGUACCGGUCGUGCGACGCUUGCCGGUCCACGAUGUACUUCACCGACUUGGAGGCCCAUUUCUCGGGCCCGUGUCCGCCGACCCCAGGUCGCUGGACGCACGCGCACGUCAACGACCGCCGUCUCUACUCGUUCGCGAAGCUGUACACGAAAGACGACGAGUACUUGGUGGGCAACGACAACGUGGUCGUCCCUGUUGCUGCGAUUCAGCUGUGCGGCUUUGUGCUCGGCGAACCGGUCAUCGUCAGGAGCGGCUCUAAAACUCUCAUCAAACACGUCUGGCCGUCGGACGAUUUGCCGUUGUCGAAUGUAUAUUUCUCCAAAGAAGUAUUGAUGGACGAGUUGGAACAGUUGGAGCACGUUUCAGUCGAGCGUUUUACAGUUCUUCCCAGUGAAGCGCAUGACAUAGAAAUACGCUUGAAGGACAGUGAUCAGCUUCCAGAUGGUGAAUUCGAAAGGCAUCUGUUAACUCACAUUUCUAAUAAAUACGAAGGACGAAUUAUUAAACAGACUGAUUUUUUAUGUUUUGAGUUCUAUGGACGUAGUCUCUUCAUUGAAAUUACUAAAAUUAAUACUUUUCCUAAUAUUGAACUUAAUCAUAAAAUGCAAAGUAUGAGUAUAAAUAAUGAACAGUUUUUUCAUAUUUCAUCUUCUACCACAUGGAGUAUACAAAAUAAUCAUAGUAACAAUGAUAAAAACAUGUACCCUUUUUCUAAUGUUGGUGGAUUAUCAAAUAUCUAUGAAAGAAUAAUGAACACAAUACAAAGUACAAAGUAUCAAAAUGUAUGUGGCAUUCUUUUACAUGGUAUUUCGGGAACUGGAAAAACAUUAUUAGCAAAAACAAUAGCAUAUUCAUUAAAUAGACAUGUGAUCGAAAUUAAAGGUUGGGAAAUUUUAAACAAGAUAUAUGGACAGACAGAAGCAAAGUUAAAAGUAUUUUUUGAAGAAGCAAUAAUCAAUUCUCCUAGUAUUAUCCUAAUCGAUAAACUUGAAACAUUAAGUAAAUCAAAUGAUUCUUCUGAUCUAGAAAGAAGGAUUUUAAAUACAUUACAGACACUUUUUGAUUUCUUAAAAUCUUCAAAUCAUAAUGGAGUAGCUGUAUUGGGUACUACUAGUGAUUUGAGUUCUGUAGAUAGCAAUUUGCGCAGACCUGGAAGAUUUGAUUAUGAGAUUGAAUUACCUAUUCCUAAUGAAUUACAACGUAAAGAUAUUUUAACUAAACAAUUGUCUUCCAUUCAACAAAAGAAAGAAAUUGGAGAAACAGAAAUUACUUCUAUUGCACAUCAAGCUCAAGGAUUUGUAGGUGCCGAUUUAUUAGCUGUAGUAAACCGUGCAUUUACAGAAGCAGCGGUGAGUGAUGAAGAUAUUACUUAUAAACAUCUGUGCACCGCUCUGACUCAAGUGAAACCUUCAGCCAUCAAAGAAGUUAUAGUUCAAGUACCAAACGUCAAAUGGACAGAUAUAGGCGGUCAAGAUGAUAUAAAAUUAAAACUAAAGCAAGUUGUGGAAUGGCCACUUAAACACCCAGAAGCUUUCAAACGCAUGGGUAUUACUCCUCCUCGUGGAGUAUUGUUAUAUGGACCUCCCGGUUGUUCUAAAACAAUGAUUGCCAAAGCUGUGGCAACAGAGAGUCACUUCAAUUUUAUCUCAGUUAAGGGACCUGAACUGUUCAAUAAGUAUGUUGGAGAAUCUGAACGUGCUGUUCGUGAAACCUUCAUGAGAGCUAGGAGUGUGGCUCCUUGUGUUGUGUUUUUUGAUGAGUUGGAUGGCCUAGCAGGUGAAAGAGGCGUAGGAGACAGUGGUUCUAGUGGAGUUCAUUCAAGAGUCUUAGCUCAGUUAUUAACUGAAUUGGAUGGUGUUCAACCUCUAGGAAAUGUCACAAUUUUGGCUGCAACUAACAGGCCAGAUCUUAUUGAUUCUGCUCUUCUGAGACCAGGAAGAUUAGAUCGUAAAGUUUAUGUUCCAUUGCCUGAUAAAAUUACCCGGUUUGAGAUAUUAAGAUUAAAACUUUCAAAAAUGCCAAUAUCAUCAAAUGUAGAUAUUAAUAAAUUGGUUGAAUUUACUGAAAACUAUUCUGGCGCAGAAGUAAUUUCAAUCUGUCAUGAAGCCUCAUUAAAAGCUAUGGAAGAAGAUAUAAAUGCAGAUCAAGUUGAAAUGCGCCACUUCGAAGCAUCGCUUCAAUCAUUAUCACCCCAGACUCCAUUAUGGUUAUUAAAAAUAUAUGAAAAAUUUUCUGGUAUCAAAAAAUGAAAUUAGUUCUGAUAUCAAACGAAAACUAUUCUACGAUAUUAUUCAAAAAGAAUCAGUUGUUAUUGUUGUUAAGUUCAAAUAUUGUUGAUGUAUGUUAAUUUAGUACUAUAUAUUACCAGAUUUAUUUUGCA